AUGUCAGUUUCUAUCCAGAAUAGGACAAUAGAAUUCCAACAAUGUGUCACUACGUAUGAGAAGAUAAACAGGAAGCAACAACAACAACAACAACCAGGUUUUAUAAGGGCGAAAUCUACAUCGCAUCACCCCCAGCCUCCUCCAAAGAAAUCACAGUUCAGCCAACAGGCAAGUCUUAUAGCGAAGGAUAUAUCGCAUGUUACUGAGCUACUUGGCAAGCUAGCCAUCUUGGCAAAGAGGAAACCUUUGUUUGAUGAUAAACCCAUUGAAAUUGGAGAGCUCACCUAUGUGAUUAAGCAAGAUAUAUUUAGAAUCGAGACAAAUAUCCAGAACUUGCAAAAAUACAUCAAGGGCGAAGCCUCGAUAAAAGUGGAUUCUCAAACUACACAGUAUAGUAAGAAUGUUCUCACUUUGCUCAACUCAAAGAUGAAGAACGUUUCUGGAGAAUUUAAGAAUGUUUUGGAAAUUAGACAAAAGAAUGAAAUCAUGAACAAGAAUAGACAAAACAAUUUCAUUUCUUCAGUGAAUAACAAUCGCUCGUUGAAUAACGCAUUGCCAUUAAAUGCUGUUGUUAGCGAGUUCAACGAUAGUAGACGGUCUGAAUCAUUAUCGAAUCUUAAUGAAAAUCCCUUUCUCGUACAAGAAAAUCAUAAACUGAGUCAUGAAGCUACUGCAGCAGCAGCAGCAGCAGCUUCUGAUCCGGCAAUGGUUUCGCCUUACGAUAAUUCGGAGUAUUUGUCUUUACCAAACCAACAACAGCAACAAAUGCUUCUAAUGGAGGAACAAAAUAGUGGCCAGCAGUAUUUACAACUGCGGAAUCGCGCAGUGGAGAAUAUCGAGAGCACAAUCAACGAAGUGGGAAACUUGUUCCAACAGUUGGCAACUAUGGUGAGCGAGCAAGGCGAACAAAUACAAAGAAUCGACGCAAACGUCGAAGAUAUCAGCUUAAACAUUAGUGGCGCUCAACGAGAGUUGUUGAAGUAUUACGCUCAUAUCACGAGUAAUCGAUGGUUAUUCUUAAAGAUCUUUGGAGUAUUAAUUAUAUUUUUCUUCUUGUGGGUCCUCGUGAGCUAG